ACUGUUACAACCGUCACGAGAAAAAUCAAGCCUCAAUUCGCCGCUGGCGUUGCUCACCUGUAGAUAAAUGCGUCAUUAUCACGCAUCAUAACAAACAUGUCUGUCAAUUCCUCUAACCGAAGAUGCUCCGCUGCCCAGAACUGAAUUAAGAGUGCAACGCCAUUACUCACCCGAGGAAUAGGCUGUUGUUCGGCAUUUGUUGUCAAAUAACUGGGUAGCUGAACACUAUAAAUCAUCGAUAUCUUUGGGGUGCCUUACAACAAUUGCGAGCAUGAGUCGAUUUUCGUUGUGGAUCGGUUUGCUGGUGAUCUUUGCCCAAAACGCAGCAGCGCAGUCAGCAGCCCCUAACUACGGCCAGUGUGGUGGUAUUGGCUGGACUGAAUCUACGGCUUGCGCAUCUGGGUGGACGUGUAUUGCCUCUAGCGAUUAUUAUUCCCAGUGCCUGACUGGGUCGUCUUCGCCAACUACUACAGAUCCUAAAGGAGGGUCCGGUGCUUCCACGCCAACCCCCACGACCUCAGCUGCAAGCGGAACAGCCACUUUGCAAACCGGAUAUUCCUGGAUCCGAUCUGUGGAAGAACCCAACUUCCACAAAUAUCUUCAGUCAGAAGUUGCUAACACUACUUCAAUAGCUGCACUGGGAGACCCAGAUACUGCAGGCCAGUUUCAAGUUGUUAACGGACAACUGAUUCAAAAUGCUGGGACAACACCACUGUAUGCAAUAGUCGAGGGACGAGCCAACUCUACUGUGAUGAAACUGGGAAUGUCGUGGUCUACGGCGCCCGCAUCAGGGAGCAACGCUGGGACGUUCGUAUUUAACGGAGACAGCCUUGAGUGGUCAAUCCCAACGACCACGAGACCUCAGGACAACGCUUGGCUAGUCUGCCCAGACGCAAACAACAACCUCCUUCUUUAUAUCAACCUUGGGCCAUACGCUUAUGAGACUCCUGCAGGAUGCGCGGAUGAGACGAUACAUGCCUAUACGGGGACAACGGCAGUUCCUUGACCGAGGGGCUAAUAUAUCAAACUGAAAUGAAGUAGUUCAGACUUUACGUUGAGUAAACAGUGUAGAAUAAAUAAUGGGCCUCA